AAUAAUUAGCUAUUAUUAAGUGAGAGUCAGAGCGGAACCGGGAUCUUUUAUUUCCGCCAUAAAAAAGCGGUUUAGGAUUUUCCAACAUGCGCAGAAAUAAAAAUAGAUAAGGGCCACGUCAUGAUAGGUAAACCUGCCAAACGAGAAAUUACGCCCCGGUGUUAAUGUCUAUUCCUUAUCGGCGCUUUCGCUCGUAGGAACGUUUCAGUCGUACCUUCGCCACUAAAGUUUGGGGAAAUGAGUGUUUUACCUCAUCCAAGGCGCCUAGAGCCGAGUGGCGAAGUAGUUGCAACACAUGUUGUUGGCUUCGCAGGACGAACAAGAAUGCCGGAUGGUUUAGAAGUCGUCACUGAGAAACAUACCAAGCAAAUUGCGUCUCUCACCUCACAGAUUGAAGUCAAGAACGAAGAAAUUUCGAAAUUUAACGAAGAUUUAAAGGAUCUUCGGCGACAAAACAAUGACUUAAAGAUUACCGUGGAGUCGAAGGACGAGGAAAUAGAAGCCCUGAAAGAGCAAAUCAAUAAACUAGAGAGCGAGAAGAAAGCCUUGCAGACGGCUUUAAGAGAUGUUAAAGGCGAACUAGAAGCCAUGAGAAAAGAAGUCGUCGACUUGAAAGGAGAAAAUUCGACUUUAAAGGUGAAAAUCGAACAACUAGAGAGUGAAAAGGAAGCCUUGGAGAGAAACUUGAGAUCUGUUGAGGGCCAACUAAACGAUGUGAGACAGGAAGUCGUCGAAUUGAAAAAUGAAAAUUCGAACAUCAAGAAACGAAACGCUGCACUGGACCUGACUGUAAAGAAAUUGUCCAGCAGAGUGGAUGAAAUCACAAGAACUCUCGAGGAAAGCACGAGAGACAACUCGAAUCUCAAAAAAGAAGUCAAGAAUCUACGAGAAGCUGCCUUACAGGGCAUGGCUCCAUUUAUGCCUUCGUCAUUCCUGCCUGAUCCAGUCGAGAAAGCUUCACUGGUCCUUGGUGAAUUAUGCCGUCAGAUACAAGCCAUGAUGUACAAGAAAGUGCUCCCAAACUCACCUUACGAUGAUAAAAUGAGUUACAAAGUGAAAUAUAUGUUGGAAGAUAUAGAAGAAUUGGAAGAUGAGCGAGAAAAGGCUGAGGCGUUGAAGAGAUGGAAGGCACUCCAGAAGAAGCUAAACUGGAAGAAGAUAAAACACACGAGAGCGAUGAAAUCAAUCCAGGAUAACAGAAACAACACCGCUCAUCCUGAUCUAGACGAAAACCAGCUUGUUGAAUCAGUGGAGCUGAUGAAGCAGAGGGGGAACCUGACGGGCUAUUGCACGCCAGAACUUGUCAACGAAUUGAUAGAAAUGUGGAAAAUGUUGUCACAAUGAAAAACACCUAUGAAUAGAGAUAUUUAAAGGAAUAUCUGGUAAACUUUGCUGUGUUUGAACUGGAGUUGCGAAUGUCGUAGGCUGAUACACCUUGCCAGGAUAAAGGAAGGUUUCGCCAUUUGCGAAACAGUCGUAUACUCGCUUAGAUUUGUAAACUUCAUUACCUAGAAAUCCCGUGCUAUCGAAAUUUAAAAGCAAUUGUAAAAACUGUUUCGCUUUCAUCAAUCUUUCAUGUUAACAUCGGAUAAGCCUUCUAUCAUUCGUCAUAAUCUCGAUCGUUUCUGCUUUGAUGUAGUUAGCGAUGAAUGUAAACUGAAUACAACGUCGACGACAAAUUAUAAGAUGUGAAAGAAACGCUAAUUAUUGCUUGAUCGAAACAUAGGCCUGAGUAAAUCGCGACAUCUAGUUGUUAGAGUCAUGACAGCAUUUCAACUUUUAUUCGCUGUGAUAUUAAACGUUUUUCUAUAACCCAGCGAAUCACAAAAUUGUCUGAUCUUAUCGCCUUGUUUUAGAGGUUUUGUUUGCUGUUUUUGCUUAGUUAAGAGUCAAUAAAGGUGGUUCAGGGCUUUUAGCCAUA